GUUAUGUAAAAUGUCGACCAAGUAGUUAGUUACACAAGAAAUUUAAAAAACUUUUAGCUUGAUAGAUGAUAAUUAAAAUUCGAUCCGACUAAGUAUCCAUGAAAGAAUUAACUUCGGAAGAGUGGUUUAGUUGUAUUGAACAAAAAAAUCUUAUCCGGGUUCGGCAGCUGGCAGUUCACAUUCGUGAAGCGAAGAAAAAAAAUAAACUAAGAAAGGAUAAAAAAAAGAAAAAUAUAGUAACAGAAUUUGGACAUUACAACGAGCAAGGCGAUGCCGCCAUACAUAUGGCCAUUCGCUUGGGAUAUCUAGACAUUGUAGCACUUUUAUUGGUAAAUGGGGCUAAUAUCGAACAAAGAAACUCUAGCCAUCACACCCCUUUGAUGGUCGCGCUCCUCGAGUUACAACUGACUAUCGCUACGUUUCUUAUUCAAAGGGGUGCUAAUCCUUUUCUCUCUGACGGUGAUGGUUACUCCAUCUUGCAUCUUGCUGUAAAAACAGCCAACAAGGAUAUUGUAAAAUCUGCAUUAACGUGGGAGAUGACCUUAAAUGCUAAAGACGUUCAAAACCGCACACCUCUUCAUCAUGCUUCCUUAAGUGGAAAUUUUGAGAUUGUAAAGAUGCUGGUUGAGGCUGGUGUUAACAUAUUAGAAAAGGAUCUCUGUGGAAGUAAAGCUUUGCAUUUGGCAAGUAAUAAAGAAGUGAAAGAAUAUCUGGAAGAAAAAGAAAAGGAACUUAAAGAAAAAAGAACUUCUUUCAGUGAAGAGACCAGCGCUGAUGAGCCGGAAGUUCAGCAAGAAUCUGCCAAGAUCUACGACUCUUCCAAAAUUACGGUUGGCCAUCCCAAUCUUGAGAGCGACAAUUACUAUGCUAUUUUGGGCGUUGAUGAAACUUUUGAUUCUGGAAGCCUUAAGAAAGCUUUUUUUAAACUUGCCAUCCACUACCAUCCCGACAAGAAUCCCGAUGCCGAUCAAAAUAUUUUUAAAAAGAUCCAUGAAGCGUACACGAUUCUUAGUGAUUCAGUCCUUCGCGAGGCAUACAAUCGUCACGGUCUUGCGGGCCUUGAGGAAGUCAAGGCGCGUCGACAGAAUGUGCAGCCCGCUUGGAGCAAAGAGGAGCUCUACGAUUUUAUGGAGGAAAGAAUGAAGGGUUUUGAGUCAGCCAACAGGAAGUUUAGUUACAUUGAUGAAGUCUUGGAGAAGAUCAACGCGCUUUCUGGCCUCACACAGUCCGGCGAGACCGCAGAGGAGGAGGAGGAGGAGGACAACUACUACCACCAAUUCUUUGACACAUCCCUCGACGAAGCGUCGCACCCUCAGCAGCACAGAAGCAGUAUACCGAGCAAAACGUCGAGUGUCUCUGAGAAGACAAAGGAGGAUCAACUACCUUCUAAAAACGCUCUUGAUCUCUUUAAAGACUUUGACGAUAAUUUUGAUCUGUAGAGACAUAAAAG